CAGGAUUUUGCAUCGCCCACGGCUCGAAUUUCACAGGACAGCACCGACUGUGAGAAACGCGACUGUUCAACUCAAUACACCGACAGGUCGACAUGAACUGUUGAUAUGUAUUCAUUCAUCUUGUCACUCACCCGUCAUCACGCUCCAGUCCGAUGAGUGUCCUGCCGUUGGUCUCGAAGAGACCAGUUAGGAGAGAUUGGUACCGACGGAUUAUCGGUAUUCUUAUACUGGGAGUUGUCCUCGGCUUUGUUCUUUACCACGGCGGAUCCGAGCUGCAACGAUACCGCGUUGUCUCCUUUAAUCCUCCUGAGACUGACACGAGCUACGUUGAUCCUUCCUCAUCACCUGCGCUGAACUUCUCCUUGGAAAGCUCGCAUUCCGUAUCAACAGCCGACCCGACUACUACUAGUUCUCCCCCGAAACCUACCACUGUCGACAAUAACCACGUUACAUAUGCAAUACUUCCCCCUCUAGACCAGGAGGAAAUUGAAACCACGCGCGAAAGUCACCUCGGGAGAAUCGAUGAGGUGAUUGCUGGGGAGAUUGAGAACUUUCGCAAUUGGAAUGUGAAGCAGCUUGAGGCACUGAAGAAAUACUGGCUGGAAGUCGAGAACGCGCAACCCAAGGUCGUCCUAUCCACGUACGGAUACGUCCCAUGUGCAAUGACAGUCUGUUCUACGACAGGCGAGGUCAUUUGGCUAGAGUCUUUGAUCAAUUCAUUCCGAGAGAACAAUCAGUUUUUGCUCUAUACCGAAUACGAAAACCUCGGCAAAAUGUACAAGAAAUACGGGGAUGUCGUUACCCACGUAUGGUCGACCGAUAACCAUGUCAUUUGGUGUUUCAACGAUACUAUCUCAUGCAUACAAAGCACCGAGAAUCCGGAUGGGAUACCACCUUGGAAACUGUUCACUUUCACGUUUUGGGGAAGCCCUCGAGGAUGGCAAAAUUUCCUUGCACCUCCGGAACCUUGGUCGUUCAAUCCCUUGGGGGGUGAAUGGAAUCUUGUUCCCUAUAGGAUGCCCGACCAGCAUUUCUAUCUAGGUUACCAUUAUACUGGGUGUCAAGACCUCCCUUUCAUUCCCCAUUCUGAACGAAAAGAUCAAGUCCUGAUACUGGCGAAACGUUCAGAAUAUUUCCAUCGCUGGACUUUUCUCGAACCCUCUGUCUGGCCUGUCAUCAAGAAUAAAACAGGAUACAAUCUGAUAUCCGUUUCCAAUUCUGAGGAGGGAUAUCCUGUUCCCGAGGCCCUCACUCUGAUUGGACCGAUGGAAAGACAUGCCUAUGAUGUGUUAUUGGGAUCUGCGAAAGCACUUCUAGGUAUCGGGCGGCCGAGAGUGUCUCCCAGCCCAUUUGCAAGCCUCUGCCGCGGAGUCCCUGUUAUACUCCCUUACAAAGGAACGAAAUGCCCAGCCCAACCUGGAGACUCGACUUGGUGCGGUGAUCAUCAACAUGGACCAGCGGCAGAUAUUGGUCCUCCGUAUGUUUACACAGUUAACUCUGAAGGUCCGAUAGACGAUAUUGUCGAAACCAUCAUGACGGCUGUGAAUACUCCCAUAGAACCUUAGUUCGUUUCAAACCUUUUUUUUCUGUCUCGGCGGGAACUACCAUCGGAUGUCUGACGUGCAUAUUUGACUUUACAGUACACCACCGGAUAUGACGAAGGAAGCACUCACGCAACGCAUUCAGGAUUAUUUCUCGGUUGACUGGAAGGCCUACUCGGAGCAGAAGAUGCGGUCGAGCGAUUGGUCCGGAUUCAAGACACAAACGUUCUUGUACCGGUGGUUGGAAAAGUAUCCUGUGAUGCCGCAGAAGCCAUGAAGGGUGGAGCACUAGGCACGAUUGGCUGGGGUAUACACGAUAUGUACGACCACUUCUCGUUGAGAUUUGGCUACUUUACUAUGACGGAUUGCGGGUCUAUUACGGACAUCUAGACAGGUGAUUUUUUUGGAGUAGAAAAGAUGACUAUCCCCGACGAAUACCCUGUAAUAUCGACAUCGCUUCCCAUACGAAAUCCCUAUGAACCUCCUCUUUGAAUCAGCGUCAU